GCAAGUUGCAGCAGGACGUGACUUGCUUACCUGCAGAGGGAAUGAAGUUAGUGCUUGGAAAAACCUCUGCCCCAAAAGAGCAAUAAGAACAAAUAGAGCCAAGCUGUGAAGUUUCCACCUGAUGAGAGAAGAAAGAUCAACAGGAGCAAAUGUGAUAGACUCUGACGAGCAGAGAUCGUAGUUGUGUUGUGAACUGCAAGGAGGAUACAUCAAACAGUUGUAUUACAAAGCAGCAGCACUCAUCACGCAAAGAACAGAAGUCAAAUAGCCUGUGGUCUUCAUACAUUAUCAUAUUCAAGGAAGUCCGAAGAUACCAAAGGCAAGUGCUGUAACUCCAAAAAGUGUGAGUGAUCUGACAAUCUUGGGAAAAACCUCUCAUGAAAUUGAAGUCAGAGCCUGGAGAUGAAUGCUUUGAUACCAUUCUUUUUGAAUGUGGAGCUGCUGCUCUUAACAGUGACUUCUGCAAAAGUAUUCAUUGACCCCAGGGAAGGCAGCAUUGCUGGAGGAACAUGGAUUACCCUGAGAUUGGAUGAUUGCUUAGGUUUGACAUCUGGCCAGCUCGGUCUCUGGUACUCGACCAAUGGGUCUCCGUCGGAAGUGUCCCUGGUAAAUCCAACUCUUCCUAGAGUUGUGUGUGAUGUCCACCCUCUGCAUUUUGAUGUAUCCACCAUAAGAUGCAAAACAAGGUCCUUGCUGCAAGAGGGAGUGUACCAUCCAGAAGUGACUUCUAAUGGGCAGGUGAUAAGCACCUCGGGUAGGAUGACUGGGGACAACUGCACUUUUAAGUUUGCCGCCGCUCAGACACCUGUGGUUUACCAAAUUAAUCCACCAUCUGGAGUCCCAGGAAGCCUAAUAGAAGUCUAUGGGCAGGUCAUAGCAGGAAGUUAUGAAACCAUGGACUUUGACACUGACUACAUUGAUGGCCCAGUUAUUCUUGAGGCUGAAGAUGAUGGGUGGAUCAGUCUGUGCUCAUUUGCCAACAAGCAAAACAGAAGCAUCUAUCCUAUCCAGGGAGAACAUGGAACGGGGACCCUGAAGUGCCGUGUAGAAGGCAAUUAUAUCGGCUCACAGAACAUUAGCUUCUCAGUGUUUAACAAGGGGAAGUCAGUGGUACACAAGGAUGCAUGGCUUAUCAGUGCUAAACAGGAGCUUUUCUUGUAUCAGACACACCCAGAAAUAGUGUCUGUGUUUCCCACCUCUGGAAGCCUGCGUGGAGGGACUCGUCUCACUAUUACAGGAGAUUUCUUUGAUCACCCACUGAAGGUCACCGUUGCAGGUGUUCCCUGUGAAAACGAGUACAUUUCUCCCUGGAAGAUCAUAUGUAUCACUGGGCCAGUUGACAAGACCAGAAGACUCUCUGCACCCCAACCAGGAAACAGAGGGCUUCUCUUUGAAGUGUGGGAUGAUACAGUAGACACUGGCCUAACAGAAGCAACACCUGGGUAUAGAUGGCAAUUUGUUCCCAAUGCCAGCUCUCCAGCAGUAUUUCUCUCUCAGGCAAAACAGCCAUUCAGGUCACGACUUUGCGGGUUCUUUGUGGCACCACAGACAAAUAACUACACCUUCUGGAUUCUUGCUGAUGGCAAGGCAUCUCUGUACCUCAGCCUAACAGAAGACCCAGGAAGUAAGAUCAAAAUUGCCUCUCUUCCUGCUGGUGUUUCCCAGUGGUCUGAACACUGGGAGAAGAACUGGAACCAAAGCUGGCAGCCAAAAUCCCAGAAAUUUGAGCUUACUGGUGGCUCGAGGUACUACCUGGAAGCACUGCAUCAUGGGACAGCGCCCAGCACUGGAGUGAAAGUUGGGAUUCAGCUGCACAACACCUGGCUGAACCCCGAUGUGAUCAAUACCUAUCACAGAGAAAAGCACGAGAUCCAAGCCAGUGCUCACCAACUUCCAGAAAUACAGAUGCUGACUCUCUCUGGGACAGGUUGGUUCAGUCUUUCCUGGGACAAUAUAUCCAGCAACACGAUAUCCACAAAUGCUACAGCUGACCAGGUCCAAACAGUCAUAGAGGAGCUUCUUUCAGUAAAAUGUGACACUGAGCCAUCGUCUGCUAAAUUCCUUUUCCGGAAUGGGUUUGAGAACGUGUCAGAUCAGAAGGACUUCUGCACUAAGGGUUAUGUAGUCAGUGGUGUGGAGCCCUUUUGUGGAAGAUUCAGCAUUUGCAGCCCAAAGUAUCUCGUAAGAACACCCCCAUCAACUUUACCAAGAUACGAUGUCACUGAAUACACACACGUAUGCUUUGCACAUAAAGGUUAUAUCAGCAACACCCUUCAUGUUUUGGUGUCCUACAUCAACACCUUUCUACGUACAGUGAAGAAGAAUCUUACUUGCCAUUGGAGAACUCAAGAGAACAGCCUGGAAAGCUGGGAGUUUACAUGUGUUGACCUGUGGAGGAGCUGUGUGAACAGCUCUGAGCUCCUCUUAGACCUCCAAGCAAACUCAACAGUGCUGCUGCAUCAGAUUGUCCUGCUGUUCCCUGAGGUAGAUGAGGAACCAUCUGGAAAGUUUUACCUUGAUGAAAUAAUCAUCUCGGACAGACAAGUAACUGUUUUCCAAAGGGACCCCAAACCAGCUCAUCCAGGGGGGAAUAUUAUAGAAGCAGUGUCUGUGGUUGGGUCACCCCCCAUCUACAAUGUGUCCUUGCUGGUGGCUGGCUGUGGUGGGCAUCUCCCUCUUUUCUCACUGAGGGGAACCUUGCCCUCUCAGGGGUCUGAAGAAGAUGAUUCUCUCUUUGCUUCCCUGGAAAAUGCAAACAUCAGCCUGAGGGUUCAGAGACUGCAAACUGCAUCCCCACCUAUUGGAGGGACCUUCCAGAUCCUGCUGCCUAAUACUGUGAUAUCAGGUGUCCCCGUUCACAUCUCUUCCCAUCAUCUUCACAAGCUCCUGCAAAGCAGCACCGAUAACUCCACAGCACGCUACUUCAAUGCCAGUGAUUUCACAGUGACCAAGGACUCGAGCACGUGUUAUGAGGCCAUCUGGACGCUGACCUGGAAAGCGAAGACGGGGGACUUGCCCAAUGUUAUCAGUGUCUCUGCUGAAAACCUCACUGGACUGAAUCCCACUGUUGCUGCUCGGGUGGUUUACGAUGGCGGUGUGUUUAUUGGACCCAUAUUCGGUGACAUGCUAGCCACCUGCAAUAACUCUACGCAGGUUGUGGUGGUGGUGAAUGAGGUCCUAGCCAACUGCUCUGGUUCCUGUUCCUUUCGGUAUUGCCAGGAGGCAACCCCUUUAGUCAGCGAUGUGGAGUAUUUACUAGAUGACGGACUCCACACCAAGGUUUUUAUCAGGGGAUCGGGCUUCACUGAGGACCAUCAGGCACUGAGGAUAUUGGUGAACGACACAACCUGCUAUGUCACGGCUUCAAACCGAACUGAUUUAGUUUGCCAGAUGAAGAUGCUACCAGUAGGACUGUAUCAGGUUAUGUUACUGGUGAGACCCUAUGGCUUUGCACUCAAUGCUAGCACGGGAGGGGACAUCUACCUGAGAAUUGAGCCAAAGCUGGUAGCUGUUGAACCAUCGAGAGCUUCAGAGAUUGGAGGCUGCCCAGUGAUCCUCAGAGGUACUGGUUUCGAUGGGAUAAGUCUGGUAUUGUUUGGAUCUCAGGUGUGCCCAGUUAACACCAAUAACAGCAACUCAAUGAGAAUUGAAUGUGAAGUUCCUUCUCGGGGUGAGGACGACUUUAAUGUGCACGUGACACUGAUUGCCAGGUGCCAGUCCACUGUAUUCGCCAACGUGUUUAUCUAUGACCCUUCUUUAAAUCCAGCUAUUGUAGCACUGAGCAGGAACAGAAGCAGCAUAGCAGGUGGCCAGAUACUCCAGAUUGGUUUGUCAUCAUUCGCAGCUUACACUGGUUCGGAUGUCCAGGUCCAGAUUGGGGAUGCUGCAGCAGACAUCCUAGGAAAAACAGCCCACGGUUUGGAUGUAGUGCUGCCUGGUCUGGCAGCUGGAUGGUACAAUGUUUCUGUCAUCCUCAAUGGCAUCCUUAUUGGCUCAAAUGGGGUCGAAUCCUUAAUCCAGUACAUCUCUGAGAUCUUCAACAUAGAGCCUUGCUGUGGCUCUUUCCUGGGGGGAACAAUGCUGACCAUCUCUGGAACAGGCUUCAGCCCAAACCCAGCUUUAGUUUCAGUCACUAUAGACAGGCAAACCUGUGAUGUGACCUACUUGAUGGAAGAGGCAAUUUGGUGCCGGACUCCACCUGCUGCUGGCUUGUCUCAUGUACAGUCACAGGACAUCUCUGCUCAGGUGCUCGUGUUCAUUGGCAGUAGAUCAACUACACAUACUUCCUCCUUGAGUUUGCAAAGUGGGGACAUUACCUUUACUUACCAAAGGGCUUUAACGCCGGGAGUUUCUGCUGUGGAAGUGGAGAUGAGGAACGGCAGCCUGCAUCUGGGUAUACACGGAUUAAAUGUAACCAACUCACUAGCUAAGCUGGGAGAUUCAGCAUGUGAGCUCAAGUCUCAACAUACCAACAAGUCUACCACAUUUUCUCAGUGCUCCUUGCCAAUGAAUACUCUGGAGCCGGGGAUAUACCCCAUCAGGGUGCUUCAGAAGCAGCUGGGCUAUGCCAACCUGACAGCAAGCCUGCAGGACAUUAGAGUAACCCCACAGAUAAGUACUGUAUUUCCUUCACAAGGAUCGGCUUGUGGUGGGCUCGUGCUCACCAUAUCUGGCUUUGCUUUAACCUCCCAGAGAAAUUCAGUUCGAGUAAGCCUGGGGGGCAACUACUCAUGUGAAAUCAAGAGCUCUGUUUACAACAUGAUCAUCUGCACCCUUCUUCCAAGGGAUCAGUCUCUGGGUGCCUGGCAGUUGCCUGAGGCAUAUCCGGUUCUUAACGUCACAGUGACCGUAAAUGGGAUCAGCAGCAUCUGCCUUGCAAACUGUACCCUCCACCUCCUGGAAGAGUGGACCCCGAGCGUGGAUGCGGUGACCUGGGAGAUCAAUGGGACAUUCACUGACGUGAUGCUCAGUGGACAGAGAUUAGUUUGGGCAACAGAUAAACCUGUGGUCCGCAUGGGUAACCAGGCCCCUUGUCAUGUAACCUACUGGAAUGAGACCAGCGUCAGGUGCUGGGCAGCCAGUGUUUAUGCCGGGGAGCAUGCUCUUUCCAUGCCCAACAGCCGGCGUGGGCAAGCUUGCUUCAGGACGGGCUCUCGCAUUGUUAGCAUUGCUCCUUAUGUGCUCAGGUUUUACCCCCAACAUUUUGGUGGCAACGGCGGAGGCCGUCUCACCAUAGAAGGCGCUGCAUUUCAAGGAAGAAGCCAGACCUCCGUUAUCAUUGGGAACCAUCUCUGCCUCAUUACACAUGCCACAUAUAAUGCGAUCCAAUGCACUGUGCCUCCGGGCCACGGGACCAAGGCUUUAUGGCUAGAGGUCAACAGCCUGUCCUAUCCCCUGGGAGAAAUAAGCUACAGAGAAGAGUUUACCCCAGCUUUCCUUUCCCUUCUGCCUGUGGUGGGUCUCCUUUUAACCGUGAAGGUGUCACGCAUUACAGCCGUGGAAAACAUGAGGGUGUCUGUUGGCGAUUCCCCAUGCACCAAUGUCAAUGGCAAUCGUACCACUUUGCAGUGUUUGGCUCCCCAGCUUCCUGCGGGAGAGCAUCACAUCGUGGGCCAUGAUCUCCUGAGAGGCUGGGCUUCCUCAAACCUGACGUUCAUCUCUCGGCUUGCUGUCACAUCUGUACACCACAACUUUGGCUGCCUGGGUGGAGGAGCUGUUCACCUGCAUGGGACUGGAUUCUCUCCAGAAAGCACUUCUGUGGCCAUCUGUGACGCUCCCUGUGUAACGCUGGGCCCGGUGACGGCGACUGACUUGAGCUGCCUUGCCCCACGCUUGGACGCCUCCUUGGCCAUUCUCUGCAGCCUGAAACACUCUUCUGAAGACUGUCAAGAAACUGGGGCCACGUAUAUUAAAUGCGACAUCCGUGUUACAGUGGGCACGGACAGUGUGACUGGGCCUGCACCGUACAUAUAUUUAUGCGAUGAUGACAUUCUUCCAUGGGACCAGACAACUGGUGACUCCUCCCUACCCUAUUUUACUGGCCUCUUUUUCAGCCCUAAAGUGGAAAGAGAUGAAGUUCUCAUCUAUAAUAGCUCCUGUAACAUUACCAUGGAAACUGAGGCAGAGAUGGAGUGUGAGGGAGCUAAUCAGCCAAUUACCGCCGAGAUUACUGAGAUACGGAAAAGCUGGGGCCAGAACACUCAGAGACACGCUCGCCUCCGAUUUUGCGGCCCGUGGUCUAAGAGCUCCAGCUGGCUUGAUGGGUGCCCACCACAAGAUGGCGAUAACGUCACGGUAGAAAGAGGCCAGACGUUGCUAUUGGAUACCAUCACUGGCAUCCUAAACUUGCUGCAUGUCAAAGGUGGCAAGCUCCUGUUUGGUGGGCCUGGCCCUGUAGGACUCCAUGCUCAUUACAUUCUGGUAUCUGAUGGUGGAAAACUCCAGGUGGGAUCUCCAAACGCACCUUUCUGUUGCAAAGCACAUAUCCAUCUCUAUGGAAGCCUUCAUACCCCAAACUUCUUUCCAUUUGGGGCCAAAUUUCUGGCAGUAAGGAACGGGACCCUUUCUAUACAUGGCUGGGUACCAAACGUGGUGUUCACACACCUGAAAUCAGCGGCUCAUGUUAAUGAUACGAGGUUAGUCCUAGCGGAGCCUGUUGACUGGCAAUCUGGAGAUGAAGUCAUUGUAAGUGGAACGGGUCCUGGAGAUGGGGAAUGGCAAGAGGAAAUUGUCACCGUUGAAGCUGUGAACAACACUGAACUGUACCUUAGAUCACCUCUCAGGUUCCCCCAUGGGUUUGAGGAGGAACAGAUGGGAGGGCAGCACCUUUCUUUGAGUGCUGUUGUGGCGUUGCUGAGCAGAAGGAUUGUUGUCCAAGGAAACGUGACUGGUGAGAGGAUGUCCCACCUCCGGAUGUGUGCAGCAGCAGGCGUUUCAGGAGAUGCCUCAGGAUGUCUGUAUAAGAGGAGUGAGAAGAAGCUUGGGUCCCAGGAGAUGGGUGCUGUUGUUAUGAUGCAGGCUUUCCAGGGUGAAGAAAGCCACAUCCGUUUGGAAGGGGUCCAGUUCCAGCACGUCGGCCAAGCAUUUCAGCAGCAUCUAAGUGCCCUGACCAUUGCUGGGACUGCCCGUUUGACUGAUUCUUACAUUCGUGGUUGCUCUGUUUGGGAUUCCUUUGGUCGGGGACUCGGCAUCUCUGGGACCUCGGAUCUAAGUGUGGACAACAAUGUUUUCUAUAACAUUUCAGGCCACGGGCUCCUGUUGGGAGGAUGGUUAGAGCAGGGGAACAAAAUCAGGCACAAUAUACUCAUCGGACUAUCUGGAACUGAUGGACUUUCCAACCUUGAAGCUGUGUCACCAGCAGGGAUCUAUAUCCAGGCUCCUGCUAAUCAGAUAGAGGGUAACAUGGUUUGUGCUGCUGGGUAUGGUUAUUUCUUUCAUCUUUCCCCCAAGAGACCAUCUCAAACUCCUGUCCUCUCCUUCAGCAAGAACACAGCUCAUUCUUGCACAAGAUAUGGUCUCCUGGUAUAUCCCGAAUAUCAGCCCCAAUGUGCAAAUAGCCUGGGCCCAGUUCUGUUCCAGAGCUUCAUGGCCUGGAGGAAUCAAGGUGGGGCUCAGAUUUUUAGAAGCAGCAACCUUGAACUUCAAAAUUUCCAGAUACAUUCUUGCAAGGAGUUUGGAAUUGAUAUAGUAGAAAGCCUUGGAAAUACCUCUGUAACUAACAGCUUAUUGCUCGGCCACCUCGGGCACAAGCAGGAUGCUAGCUGUAUGUCAGCAGGACUGAAAACUCCCAAAAGGCGUGAGCUGUUGGUUUCCAAUACAACUUUCAUGAACUUUGAUAGUAGCAUGUGCACUGCCAUCAGCACCUGCUCAGGCUGUUCCCGAGGGCAAGGUGGCUUUACAGUGAGAGCUGAACGGCUGAAAUUCCUAAAUUCGCCUAACCAGGUAUUGUUCCCAUUUCCUCAUUCGGCCAUCCUCGAAGAUCUGGAUGGCUCCAUCACAGAGCAGAAAGGAAGUCAUCUCCUUGCUUCUUUGAACAUACUUGCAACUUCCUGCGUGGUCAGUGCCAACUUCAGUCAAGCUGCAGCGAGCAGUGUUUGUGGAAGGGAUGUGAUUUUUCACCGUAUGUCUAUUGGACUAAACGAGGCCCCAGAUGCUCCUUAUGAUUUAACCGUGACUGACAAUAAUAAUAAGACAACCACAGUCAAUUAUGUCUCUGAUACUCUAUCAAACCUCUACGGCUGGAUGGCUCUACUCUUGGAUAAGGAAGCUUAUACUCUGACAUUUGACAACCCUUUGUUCAACAAACAACUACAGUACUCUGCGACAUUUGAUAACUUCGCCGAUGGGAAUUAUUUACUAAUGGAACAUAGGAAUCUAUCAUCCACCAUUGAGGUCACGGUGCUUUGCGGGACAAGGCGAGGGCAGCCACUCCAGUCACUCCCUUCACACAUUUAUCAUAAGAGCUGUGACUGGUUUUUCAAUCGCAAACUGGGGAAGCUAACCUAUUUGGUUACAGGUGAAGACCUAAUUCAAGUGACAUUCAAGGAGGAAAGGGUCUCUAUACCUGCACCAGCUCCUUCCGAUGGCAUUUUGAAAUGGUCAAUGCCUGAAUCAUGGAGCGGUGUGGGCAGGGGCUGGGGUGGAUACAAUCACAGCAUUCCCGCCCCUGGAGAAGACGUCAUCAUCUUGCCUAACAGAGCCGUCCUGGUGGAUACAACUCUUCCUCCUCUGAGAGGUCUCUAUGUCUUGGGACGCCUGGAAUUCCCAAUCAACUCCAGCAACGUCCUUAGUGCAGCCUGUGUAGUGGUUGCAGGUGGUGAGCUGAAAGUGGGUACUUUUCAUCAUCCCCUAGAAAGAGGACUAAACCUGCUUAUCUUUCUUCGAGCAUCUGAUGGAAUUUAUUGUGAUCGGUUGGAUGGAAUAAAUGUCCACCCAGGAACUAUUGGGGUUUAUGGGAAGGUGCAGAUGCACAGUGCUUAUCCUAAGAAAUCCUGGACACAUCUUGGAGCUGACAUUGCACCUGGCAAUGAAAGGAUUUUGCUCGCCGAUGAAGUGGACUGGAGUCAUGGUGGAAACAUUGUCAUCAGUUCCUCCUCUUACGAGCCUCACCAAGCCGAGGUAGUCACGGUUAAAGAGAUCAGGAACCAUAGCGUUAAAAUCCACGAGCGCCUUCUCCACAGGCAUAUAGGGCGUUCCCAUAACACAGAAGAUGGUAGACAGCUUCCUUUGGCUGCAGAGGUUGGGCUUCUAACACGGAAUAUACAGAUCAAGUCUGACACCAUUUGCUCUGGGAGGCUUCUAGUAGGACGCUUUAGAAAUGCCAAUGGAGUGGAAUAUGCAGGUGCCCUGCAGCUCUUAAAUGUUGAACUUCUGAACUUUGGGCCUUCGCACCUUCCUGCCAUUGACUUCAGAAAUGUAUCCCAGGGAUCUGCAGUAAUUGCUUCCAGCAUUCACCAGACCUGUGGGGGUGGCAUUCAAUCAGUUGCAAGCCAUGGCAUUGUACUGCGUGAUAAUGUAAUGUUCAGUACAGUUGGCCCUGGGAUUGACUUGGAAGGCCAAAACCAUUCUCUCACAAGGAACCUUAUCAUUCUGAGCAAGCAACCAGAAGGGUCACCGAAUUGGGUUGCUGGUGUCAAAGUAAACCUAAUUGAUGGUGCCUACUUACUUGGUAAUGUUGUAGCAGGAUCUGAACGAAUAGCCUUUCACAUCAAGGGCCAAGAGUGUUCCCUUGCCAGAGAUCAGUACAUUGAAAAUGUAGCCCAUUCAAGCCUUCAUGGUGUCCAUUUAUACAGAGGAGAUGGGUUUCAAAACUGUACCAGGAUCACUGGUUUCCUGUCCUACAAGAAUUAUGACUAUGGUGUCAUGUUCCAUCUUGAAAGCAGUGUCGUGAUGGACAAUAUGACGUUGGUAGACAAUGCGGUGGGUGUCCUGCCUGUGGUGUGCAGCUCUUUUGAGCAGCACUGUUUAAGGAAAGAAUACAUCAAAUUUAGGAACUCUGUCAUUGUUGCUACGAGCAAAACGUUUGACUGCAUUAAGGACAGAAUCAAGCCCCUCUCAGGUGACUCAACUUCCAGAGACCGAGCUCCACGUUACCCUCGAAGAGGCCGCAUUGGGAUUCUGUGGCCUGCAUUCGCCUCUGAUACAAGCCGAUGGCCUGAUAAACCAUGGCACAAAAUAAGAAAUGAUCCAUCAGUCUCAGGAAUUAUGACGCUACAAGAAGUCACCUUUACUGGUUUUACAAAGAGUUGCUAUAGUGAUGACAUGGACAUCUGCAUCAUGUCAAAUCCUGAUAGCACUGGCAUCAUGCACCCAAUCACAUCUGAGAAGAUGAGAAUGCUACAUGUCAAUGAGAAGAACAAGCUUUACUUUCAUAUGCUGCAAACAAGCAAUGAAUACGAGGAUAUGGUGUUUCCUGAGAUGAGAUGUGAAAGCUCAAGGAAGGCUCUCUUCAAGGAUUUGGAUGGAAGCGCUCUGGGUCUGGAACCACCCGUGUCCGUUUUUCCGAAGUCAGAUUGGGAGUGGCCACAGUUUUAUUUGCACGCUGGUAUAUACAGAGAAGAUAGCAAGUGUGUCUACAAGCCCUCAACCCAAGGCUACUUCUGCAAGGAGACAGACCAUGCACUUUUGAUCCUGGAAAGCUUGGAAGUAGAUGCUGAUGGAGAGAGGCCAUCUCCAGUGAUGUCAGUGACUGGCAGUUUUGUGGAGUCCUUCAGUGCAUCAGCUUCACAUUCAUCUUGCUGCUCCUCAGGACAUCCACAGUCAUUUUAUUCUGUCUUGCCAUCCAACAAGCUCACUAAGGUUUGCUUUGCUGGUCCAACACCUUUGACCAUGAGACUCCACCUCAAUAGUGGCCAAAGCUUUACCAGACUUUUCCUAGCUGUAUUCUACAAUGAACCCCAAAGCCUUCACGUUUUCAGGCAAGGAAAAUACAUCCCAUCCACCUCAUCUUUUGUUUCAUCUGAUGCUGUGGCAGGCACCAACUAUUUCAGCUUUGAGGACAACCUUCUGUACAUCUUGCUUCAUGGAGAUGAACCUGUAGAAAUCUACACAAGACAUUCCCUUCUUAUUGCUUUUACCAUAACCACAACCAUUGGAGAGGAGGAGCAGAUAAAUGUGGUCCAUCACCUGGCUGAUUUUUUACAGAUUGGCCAUGAACUGGUCAGAAUAGUUCACAAUGGGGCAGGGAGUGAGAGCACAUUAAAGGUUAUCUCAGCCAAUGCCAGAAAGAGGACACGUCUGUGUCCAACUAUGACAUCUUGCAUGGCUUUUCAUAGCAGGGAUGACGGGGAGAACACUUGGGCAGGGCCAACGAGCAUGAGGAGGCUACGGCCUUCUGGUACAGCGACCUCAUCAAGUGUGAUGAUCAUCGAAGUUGGGGACCCACCAAGCCUUGUGAGAAAUAGCCUUGUUUCUUCCUUGUCUGAUGAAAGGCUGCAAAGCUUGGCCAGUAUUCUCAUCAUUGCUCAUCAGACUGGGGAGCUUCAGGAUGUCCUGGAUAUACCAACUGAUACUUUAAUGCUGAUGUGGUCUGCCUCCCCAUCACCAGAAGGAUGUAGUGGUCGAAAUGGAAGUGGCCUCACUCCUGGAAGCUGCCUAUAUGCAAGGCCCUAUAAUAUCUCAGUCCAAGUGCAGCCCUCAGAUGGAGAAAUGGGAAAGGAGCUCCCCGUACAGCCACAAAUAAUUUUUCUGGAUAAACAGGGUCAGAGAGUUGAAACACUGGGGCUACCCUCUGAACCCUGGGUCGUUGAAGCCUAUCUCAAGGGCUCCUCGAAGGCUGCAUUGAAAGGCCACACCACGGUAGAGGUCCAGCAUGGAUGGGCCUGCUUUACAGACUUGGCAGUCUCCAGUUCGGGCACUGACUGGUAUCUCAUUUUCACUGUUUCAUCACCUCCAGGUGCCAAGUUCACAGCUGAGUCCCAGCCAUUUACCAUCUUCCCCAUUGCCAUGGGAGAGAAAUCCAACCCUAUCCUUGCUGUUGUGCUGAGCUCAGUGGCUUCUGUGGUAGUUCUGGGUCUUUUCGUAUUCUGCUGGGUCAAGAAAAGCAAAAGUAACAGUACAGAAACAAAGACUGGACGGGCUAAUGCACUGCAAGCAGAAAGCAACAUCAAAUCUUCCCCGAUCCACCGGCCGAAUAAUUCAACUUGCGUCCAGCUGCAGUGCAAACAGGAAGAGAAUGACCGUGAUGUUGCUGGGGUGGAAGCAGAUAUGGAAGCAAAUGGGAAGCAAGGAAGCAGAGUGGGAGAGGUCAAGGAGCAGCAUCCACAGACCUUUAAAGCCAAGUCAUUGGGGAAGAUGAACAUUGUUGAACAUCAGAUGGACAGUGGAGAGAAGUCAUCGAUGACUAAGAAAUGCGGGGAUCGCUAUGAGCCACGUGCUAGGACGUCUCCAUGGGAUUCCUUUGAACUUCAGCAGCUUGGACUCAAGGAGUUCUCUGAAUGGAAAGAUGUCUCUCAGGAGUAAUUUGGUUACAUCUAUGGAAAGAAAUAGGAAGAAGAAGAAGCACUGUACCAGAAGGCAAAGAGGAAGAGGGAGAAGACUGCCACAGGACCUUGAGGAGAUGAGUAAGGCAAGAAGAAACGCCUAAACAAGAUGUGGUCUACGAUGCUUUGGCACCUCAUUCUCUUCUACUGCGAAUGUCAUCAGGAAAAGCAAGGGAGCCUGGGAGACACAUCAGGAUGGUUAGCAGAAAAGUAGUGGUCAGAGCAGCGUAUUUAAAUAACUUGUAUUAAAAAAAAAAAAAUCCUGUUAAUUUUUUCA